CACUAUCAUGCCUGGUAACUCAGAAACCCGAUAUAUCAGACUUGAAAUUAUCAACGGAAAUUAUCUUCGAGUCCCUUCCGAGCGGAUCCCCGCCGGCAUUUACGUGUCCAUCAAUGUCGACUCGAGAAGAUGCUGGAAAUCGGCCAUCAAAGUUCUAUCAUCCGACAGAUCUGUAGUGUGGGGGGAUAUUGUGACUCUGUCGUCACAUGCAUCACCUGCGUUAUCAGUAGAAAUCAGGGCGUCUUAUGAGACCAAUCGAAUGCUAGGCAAUGGAGAGCUCAUCGGGACACUUCAAACAUCUUGGGAUGAGCUACUCGAUCAUGGAGAUGAGCCAUUCAACAUUGAUACCACUACUUCCCUGUUCCGCGACGCCCUUGCAUUGCGUCCGCAGUACCAUCCCGACCAUCCCUUAUCUCUAUAUAAUCUCACUGAAGCCCUGACUUGGCGCCACAACAAGAAACCUGCGCAACUGUAUCACGAGCUACUACCUCUCUGUCCAGAAGGGACCUACCUUCGUAGCAUCGUGGCAGGGCCAAAUGAUAUCGAUUAUGUGAUUGACGCAUCUGAUGAAGGCAUCCACCUUCGAAGAGUUGUCCUCGAGUUGUGUCCUCUAGGCCAUACACUCCGCCCCGAAACCCUUGACAAACUUUCACAGGCUCUCAGGUCAUGCUUUGAACAGCACGGCAACAUCGAUGAUCUUGACACGAGCAUACAACUCGGUCGUGAAGCCCUGUCUCUGUGCCCCGAGGGACAUUCUGACCGUGGUGACUACCUGAACAACUUGGCUCACUCACUCGAUUCCCGCUUUGAUCACCAAGGCAAACCUAAUGACCUCGAUGAGGCCAUCUCUUUGUAUGAAGAAGCGCUGCGCCUGAGACCUGUUGGGCACAAAUUUCGUUAUACCUCAUUGGACAACCUAGGGGGUGCCCUCGUCACCCGUUUCUACGAACGCGGCGACAUUGGUGACAUCACCCGAGCUGUCAGCCUCUAUCGCGAGGCACUGACGUUGUGCCCACCUGGGCAUCCAACUCGUGACACUACCCUUAACAACCUUGCCCUCGCGCUCGAAACCAGAUAUGACAAACUGCCUGUCAGGGAGGAUCUCAAUGAGGCCAUUGAUCUGUAUCGCGAAUCCCUUCGGUCACAGCGGCUUGACGAUCCAGAGCGCCACAUGAGUCUUCUCAAUUUGAGCUCGGUGCUCUGCUCUCGUUUCGCGCAUACUCACAAGAAUGAAGAUGUCGAAGAGGCCAUUACUCUUUGCCAGGAAUCUGUGGCGGCCAUGUCUCCACUGCACCCGGACAGGUAUUUCAGCUACAUCCGGCUGCAGGAGGCCUAUCUGUCUCGUUACCGGAUUCUACACGACCCUGCUGAUUUGUCGCUCGCUAUAGAGAACUCCAGACUGGCAUCGGGACACCCUACUCAAGGCUUUCCGAAUCGUAUUCAAACCACCUUGAACUGGGUUGAUGCAGCUGAGGGUCAUCAACACGACUCUGCCCUCGAAGCAUACCAAAUGUGCUUUGAGCUUUUCAACAGCUACGUGAUGACGCGAUCGUCGAUCAUCUCGCGGCGCGAGGCUGCAACCGCUUUUCGUGGUGCACAAUCACUUCCUGUAGAUGCAGCGUCAUGUGCCAUACGUCGUGACAAUCUACGACAGGCAGUCGAGCUCAUGGAGCAGGGCCGUGGCCAGCAAUGGUCACUGGCAUCUCGAUUCAAGACUCCAGUUGAAGACCUCGAGUCAGUAAAUCCGACACUGGCGCACAAAUAUUUGGAGCUGAGCAAGCGCGUAUCCAAUGCCGCACAGAGUUCUGCAACCAUCACCGACAGAGCUGCUGCUGAUCGGGCAGCAACAAAGUAUAGGGGACUCACAAAGCAAUGGGAAACUGUGGUAGCUGAGAUACGUGGUCUUCAGGCGUUCUUGCGGUUCCUGUUGCCACCUUCCUACGAAGACCUGCAAGCGGCAGCGCGCCAGGGCCCGGUCAUCAUCCUAAUUGCGAGUCAAUACUCGUGCAGCGCCAUCAUAGUCCCGACAUCAGGAGACCCUCAUCAUGUUCCCUUGCCAUCCGUCAAUCUCAAGGAUCGUUUCGCCAGGGCAAUACGACAAGCAUCUCGGAUGAACCCAAGGGAGUCGAGGACGGAUCUAAUAGUACUUUCGCGGAUAAUAUGGGACGUGAUCAUGCUACCCAUCGUCAACGUGCUCGAGCACGUUCUCAAACUAAAGCGCCACUCUCGAAUCUGGCUGUGUCCGACUGCAGCUUUCACGUCCAUUCCUCUCCACGCAGCUAACCCCUUUCAAACAAAGGCCGACCGCUCUAAGGAGCCAUGCCUUGAGGAUCUUUACAUCUGCUCUUACACGCCGACACUUUCGGCUCUAGUCAGAUCUAGGCAGUUGAUGAAGAAGCGUGUGCCUCCGUCCUUUGUGACAAUCGGGCAAGGUCAGCCGGGUGCAGGGAAAGGAAAGCACUCUUGGCUGUUGACAGCGAACUCGAGCUUCCGCACCACUAUUUCUGGUGACGCAGCCACUCGAGCAAGUGCACUCAAAGCUUUGCAGCAGAACACUUGGGUGCACCUUGCUUGUCAUGGCAAGCAGGACCGUACGCAACCUUACAAUUCUCAUUUUGUCAUGAGAGACGAACAUCUGACGCUGCUCGAUAUCAUGGAGAGAGAUAUUCCGCACGCCGAGUUCGCAUUUUUGUCUGCGUGUCAUACCGCUUUUUCAGGGUUCAAGAGUGUCGUUGGCACGCUGUGGGAAGUCGACGAUUUUGUCGCAAAACACGUCGUUGAAGCUUUCUACAAGUAUAUGUUCAGAGAUUUGGAGAAUGGUAUCGUGGACUGUACGAAGGCGGCCUGGGCACUUAACUGUGCUACGCACGUCGUGAAGACGAAAGUGCCGCUGGAGCAGAGGAUGGUUUUUGUUCAUAUUGGUGUGUAGUUCUUAGUUCUACGUUGUAUUGCUGUCAUCUGGUAUUGUUGAUGUGCGAUCUUCUUUCAGCCUGUUGUAAAAAUGGCCUUGAUAUAUUCUUGCGCUCCAGCUUAAUAUCUUGUUUCUGUAUACUCGUGUUUAUGUCGACUAGAUUGUUCACUGAAGUUCCUGUGUACUCGAUUCGUCUGCAGCCUCG